AUGCCUAGAAAACUAAGUGACAAUGCUCGUUUUGUGGACGCCGUAACACCUGCAUUAGAAGCGCUACUCUCUGACCUGCAACAUACGACCGAAAUAUUAAAACGAGCUCAUAUCAGUAAUCGUUAUAAUGAUGAUAAGUACGACAUUGAGCCAGUUUAUCAGGAACAAACGAGAAGUUCACAUAAAAGUGUUGGCGGUAUAUCUUCUGGUCAUUCCAUCGACGAUUUAUCUGCAAGAGAUUCGCCUCGAGAUCCAAUGCAAUUGGAUUCAGUGUUGGGAACGCUUCAGAAGGAUAUGUCGAAACAUGGGAUUAGUACAAUACCAAAAGGAGAUUGCGCUGCUUGCGGUAAAUCUAUCGUUGGUCAGGUGGUAAUUGCGUUGGGCAAAAUGUGGCAUCCUGAGCAUUAUGUCUGUUGUCAGUGUGGUGAAGAACUCGGACAUCGGAAUUUUUUCGAGCGAUGUGGGAAAGCAUAUUGCGAGAACGAUUAUCAUGAUCUGUUUUCUCCACGAUGUGCCUACUGCAAUGGUCCUAUUAAAAAUAAAUGUGUGACUGCUCUAGGAAAAACGUUUCAUGUGGAACAUUUCGUUUGUGCUGAAUGUGGUCGAGAAUUUGGUGAUGCUGGUUUUUAUGAGAAGAAUGGUCGUGCUUAUUGUAAGGCAGACUUUUUUCGAAUUUUUGCUCCAAAAUGUAAAGGCUGUAGCAAUCCGAUCAAAAUGAAUUUUAUUACUGCACUUGGAACACACUGGCAUCCGGAAUGUUUUGUCUGCCAGAAAUGUCAUCGUCCAUUCGACUCCGGAUCAUUUUAUGAAAAUGGGGGUAUACCUCUGUGUGAGAUUCAUUAUCACGAAAGACGUGGAAGCCUAUGUGUGGAUUGCCUUAAACCAAUUAGUGGACGAUGUGUGUCAGCUAUGGGACAAAAAUUUCAUCCAGAGCAUUUUUGUUGCUCGUAUUGUCGUAAACAACUUAAUAAGGGCACUUUCAAGGAAAUCGAUCGCAAGCCAUUUUGUCAUAAAUGUUACCAAGCUACACACGCUUGA